CAUUUUAAUGCCUUAAUUAAAGGGUAUUAAAUUAUGCCUGAGGUUAUGGUUAUGCAACCAGAGGGGAGGGGAGCAUGGGAUUUCUAGUAUAAAUCAGGGUCCUUCCAAGGAGCGACAACCAUAUUUAGGAUCUGAAAAAGAUGGCUCUCCUGCCGCUGCCACUCCUCCUUUUGCUUUGGGCCUUUGCUGCUCAGGCCGAUGUUGCCAUUCAACCGGAUUUCGACCUUGAAAAGUUUGCAGGGUCCUGGCACCUGAUGGCCGGUGCCUCCGACUGUCCGAUUUUCCAGAAGAUGAAGAACCUGAUGACCACCUCCGCAGCCAUCAUUCGGCCCCUCCCCAACGGAGACAUGACCUUCCUGACUGGAUACCCUCUCCAGGAGGAAUGUAAGACAAUAGAGAUGCAUUUUAAAAAGACAGAGGAGCCUGGACGCUUCGUUAUUGACGGCAAGCAAGAGAUGCGUGUAAUGGAGACUGACUAUUCGGAGGUGGCUUACCUUUACACUUUCAAGGAGGCCGAAGGGGAGCCAAGCAGCACCACCGUCCAGGUUCUGACUCGAAAUCCAGAACUGACUCCAGAGAUAUUGGAGAAAUUCAAGGCGUACUAUCACAGCGUUGGACUCGGUGAUGACAUGGUGGCCAUCCUGCCCAAGUCUGAUUUGUGCUUCAAGGCUCUCAGUGGAUGAAGAAGACAGCCCAAGCUCUGGCCCUUCUCCAAAUCAGAAAUCACACAUUUCUCCUUCCCUUUUCACGUCUUCUGCAAUUUUCGACCGGGCUCUUCCAUUCCCCAAUUCCUUCUUGCUGAAUAAACAUGAAUAAACAUGAUUU